UUUUCAGAUUGAAAAAUGACGACAAAACAAUGGUGUUCGAUCAUUUUCAUCGUAGUACUUGUAUUUCUGCAAGAAAUCACGUGCCAGUCUGCAAAAUGCCAAAAUUUUGGAACUCCAUUGAAUUCUACAGAUUGCAAAUGUCCGGCUUAUGUUGACGGAAAACUUUGUGAAAAUAUAAAAUGCCAACGUUGGUCAGUUCCUGACAAAAACCGAUGUGCAUGUGCACCUGGAUGGUACGAUAGAUAUUGUGGACUACGUGGAUGUCGGCCACCAAAUGAGGAACAAAUGGAUCUUGAGAAGCGAUCAUUUAUAAUUGUAUUUAAUACAAAAACUACGAUGAAGAUGCAAUUGGACACCUUGAUGAAAAAUUUUAAGGAGAUGAUUUCAAGAGUUUCAAAGAACCCUAAAGGUGUUAUGGAUAACUGGAUUGAAAACUUUAUCAUAUAUGGAUUUGUUCAAUCCCAAUCAAACACAAAAAUUCAAAAGUUGUUCACUGAAAACCCAGAUGACGUCAUCAGCUUCUUCAACAAUAUGACUCUCUCCGAUGGAGAUGAUACGCAGCCCGUACUGACUGCCAUCCAGAAUGCACAACAGACAUAUCCCAAAAUGAAAUCACAUGCGUUAGUUCUUGUGUUCACGGAUAGCACAUCAUCAGAUGCAACGGCAUGGUCACAUAGAUUCACGGAUAAAAAUUCAGAACAGAGUGUACUCCAAAUCUCGCUUUUAUGGAGAUCAAAAUACUCAUUCUUCCUGUCCCUACCGUCUCCAGCAAACUUCUCCUCAAAUGGAGUUGAUGUCUAUCGAAGGCUGUCACUUACAAAUCACGGAGACACAUUUUUCAUCAAGGACUCAAAAGAUUUAUCCAAUGCUCUUCUGAAUGUUAUUGGAGUUCAAUAUUUCCCAGAGAACGUGCAAGUUGGAUAUGGAAAAACUGCAGAUGAACAAUUGAAUACAUAUGUUGAUAAUGACGGAGAUCUGGCGUACAUAUUGCUCACAAUUCGUCCGUCUUCGCAGGCAGAAAUUCCAUCAAUCGAUGAGGCUACAACAGUUGCGGAGGGUGAUUCAUAUAGGCUCUAUUCCCGGGCUAGCAAAAUUGGGGAUACUGUAACAAUUUUUUGCCAAAAUGGAACAACUUACAACUAUCGAAUGUUCAUCCAAUCGAAAAAUACGCUUCUUUUCAAUUACAAUGACGAUAUGCAUAUCGAUGUGGGAAAUGGAAUGGCAGUUAUUGGAAUUGAAAUGUUUUCAACUAUGCAAACGUAUGGAUUUCCACAAUGGCAGAAUAGCAGCUACGAUGUGAGAUCUUUUGAUGGCAAGCUGCUCAGAGAGAAGUUUUAUGCAUCAGCUAGACCUCAGCAAGACUGCACAUUUUUGUAUGGGUUCCCGGCUUGGAAAACUUUGCCAUGUCCACCAGGGCCAAUCACGCAACUGCACACAUUUUACUACAACGGGUACAAUCAGCAAAGGACCACACCAGGAUACUGUAUUAAGAUUGAUCAUCAGAAUUCUUCUAAUAUUGCUGAAUCACUGGAAGAACUCACUACCAAAAUUUCAAAAAACAAUACGGAUACAUGUAGUAAAAAGAAUGUCGAUUCUAUCAAUGAUCCGAGACUUCAAGAGCCAAAACAGUUCAUUUUUAUUUUGGAGCAACACUCUGGAAACGAGCAAAUCUAUAAAACGCUUACAACGGAAAUGCAUAAAAUUCUCGAAUUGGUCAAUUCUAGCACGACUUCUGAAUAUAGAAAAGAGUUCACUCUAAUUGUUCAUGACUCUGAAGAAUCCCAUGUCCUAUUCAGUUCCUACAACCCGGACAUUUUCGUCGAAAAAUUCCCAAAUCUGGUGAAUUCUUUGAAAUUGACUGAUAAUCUGGAUAACACUAUGGGAUUGUUAUCAAUCAUACACGCUCAAAAAAUGAACAUUCUACCGACGGCUCAAGUUUAUUAUUUUGCAAAUCAAGCAGUAAAGAAUGUACAGAAUUUGACUAGAAACUGGGAUCUUGUGAAAAGAGAUAUUGAGAUCAACUUUUUCACUAUUGCUGAUGGAGUGACCACUGAAACAUUUGCACUGCCAAAUCAGUUGGAAUUGAUUCGAAAGAUGACAAAUGGGCGACUCAUUCCACUAGGAAAAACCGAGAACUCUAUACUACCAAUUUUCAACAACAUGAUGAAAGUUACAACACUUACAACGGAUGAAAUACAAGAUAAUUGUUAUGAUAAUCCGCUAGAAAUUGAUGGAUAUUUCGAAGAUGGUGCUGAUUUCUCAGUGGUUCAAGUGGUAGGAACUGGUUUGCAAAAUAUCAAAAUGCAAGAUUCAAAUGGAACUAUUGUAACAAAUUCCGAGUUCAUCGCAUACAAGAAUCCAAAUUUUAUAUUAUUCCGAAUUGAUUCUAAAUUAUUUGCAAGUGGAGUAUGGAAACUCUCAGCAUUAUCUACAACUGGUGGAUGCCAAAUUACAGUUAGACAGAAGACUUCAAUAGGGUUGGUUCUUGGAUUCACGGAAGACAUUAAUGAUGACAAUGUUUCAACUCAGAUUAUUUCACAAAGAAGCUCUUCUGAUUCGAUGCCAAUUUAUAUUCCAAUGAAAGUCACCAGUGGAAUCAUACCAACGAGUUUGGAAAUAAAAACUAUACCCAGACUGGGACAUCAACCAGUGAACUACAAAAAGUUAGCAGUUGCUCGACGAGAUGCCAGUUCGUGCUCUUACAAUUUUAUCUCGGAUAGUGUAGUGGUGCCUAAAACUGAACUCACAACGUGGACAGUCUCAGCUGAAAGUGUUGGAAAGCUUGUUCUUCACAGAAUCUUCCACUACUAUCAACAUCUUCCAGCAGAUUCUUCCGUCUGCCAAGGAGGAAAUGUGGAUAAGUUUGGAAGAUGCAUAUGCCCAUCCAGAUACACUGGGGAUUAUUGUUGGGAUAGGAUUUGUCAUCCUCCUGCCACAUAUUCGUUUGGAAUUUGCAGUUGUCCUCCGGGGUUUUAUGGAGAUUUUUGUGAAAUUAUGCUUGUGCUCCCAAAGAACGGCUCAAUACUGGUCCGAACUACUACCCUCGAGACAACAGGAAAUAUAUCAACAUCGGGAUUUUCUAUUAUUACGGUUCUACUUACCUUUAUAUAUUGUCAUAUUUUCUAAUUGAAUUCAAAAAUAAAACGUGUAAAUACUUUG